AUGUCUCUGAAUCGCUCUCAAAGAGAGAAAUUUGUAGCUACCCAUAUUACCCACAAGUACAACCUUUUGCAUAUCUUGCCGGGCAUCGAACAAACACAACUAGCGGGACUAUAUCUCAAGAGUUUUUACAACGGUGUCAAGAGAAAUCAGCUAUGCUUGCCAGAAUCUAUCACAAAUGGUACUAAAUUUUGCGAGCAAUGUGGAGUUGUCCACAUUGCUGGCGUAAAUCUCGAAAUGCAAGUUGUCAAAAGAGAGACCAAGACCAGCGGGAAAUCAGGAAGAACGUUACAGUACAAAUGCACACAGUGCAGCGCGAUAAAAGAGUUUGUAUUUGAAGCUGCUGAAGUUUCUCGCGACGAAUUGCAAAAAAGUACGAAGGAACUAGUUUCGGAAGGAACUUCUGCGGGCAAAAUCAAACCACUCAUGGAAAAUGAAUCCAAGGUGAAGAAACAGUCAUCUGCUAAGAACAGGGCAAAAAAACGCAAGAUGAACUCAUUGUCUAACAUGCUGAAUAAGAAAAAAGAAGCCGAUGCCAGCAAGAAGAGAUCGCUCUCGUUGAACUUGAACGACUUUCUUCAAAAAAGUUGA